CCAUCAGCACUAUGGGCAAGCUAUGCUCUCGGACGGUAUCAGGGCUUCGCGCCCGCCCGAGUGGGCCUAGUCCUGAUUCCUGUCCUCCACAGCGGCCAACCUCGCUGCCUUUCUGACUCCUACGGCGUUGGGGGUCGCAUAGGGCGGGACAUAGGUGACCGGAAGUGGGAGCCUUGAGCAUCUCCUGAAGCGCAGAUGCUGGAGGCGUUGGCUGGACCACCGCAACGCACGCAUGGAGAGCGCUGGGCGUCGAGCUGCGUACCGACAGCUAACCUGGGCACCCGGGCUCUGUGGGGCAGGAUCUUUACAGAACCCACCGCUCUCCAGGAGCAUGGGAACUUGACUCUAGGUCAGGAACCCGCUGCGGACAAGGCGCGUAGCGCUCGGACUUGCCCUACUGGCCGGUGAAUCCCUGGAGCCCCGAGACUUGGUAACUGGCGCGAGCAGAUGAGUGCGCACGCGCGGGGCCGCCGUUGACACGUGUCAGAGAGCAAGGGACUCUCUGCCGGCGCGAAGCGCCCUAGUAUAGGACCACGGCCAAGUGACCCUCCUCCUUUCCUCCGAUUGUGAUAAAGGCUGGUGCCGUCUUGGGAUUCGCCUUGCCGCCCCACUCUUCUCCCUAUUACUCAGAGCAGCCAGGGAGGGGCCAUCGCGUAUGGGUCAUCUUGGAACAGACCCACCUACCUUGAUUCUCUGCCCUCUAUCAGCUUAUUGGCCUCUCCCUGCAGCUGGUGUCAGUGGCAGCAUGGUCUUCUGUUUGGAAAACGAGAUGCCGCACCGCCUGCUGGGGAGCACCACGGUCCACUUCCAUGCCUCGGAAGUCCAGCAGCUGCUACACAACAAGUUUGUGGUCAUUUUGGGGGACUCCAUCCAAAGAGCUGUGUAUAAGGACCUGGUGCUUCUGCUCCAGAAAGACACACUGCUCACAGCUUCCCAGUUAAAAGCCAAGGGGGAGCUGAGCUUUGAACAGGAUCAGCUGGUGGCUGGGGGCCAGCUGGGAGAGCUACACAACGGGACACAGUACCGAGAGGUCCGUCAGUUCUGCUCUGGUUCUGGCCACCACCUUGUUCGCUUCUACUUCCUCACCCGUGUUUACUCCGAGUACCUUGAGGACGUCUUGGAGGAGCUGUCAUAUGGACCUGCCCCUGACCUAGUGAUCAUCAACUCCUGCCUCUGGGAUCUGUCCAGAUAUGGCCGCUGCUCAAUGGAGAGCUACAGGGAGAACUUGGAACGAGUGUUUGUACGAAUGGACCAGGUUUUACCAGACUCUUGUCUUCUGGUGUGGAACUUGGCAAUGCCUUUGGGGGAACGUGUCACUGGGGGCUUCCUCCUUCCAGAGCUCCAGCCCCUGGCAGUCUCUCUGCGACAAGAUGUGGUUGAGGGGAACUUCUACAGUGCUACUCUAGCCGGGAACCACUGUUUUGACGUCCUCGAUCUCCACUUCCAUUUCCGGCAUGCUGUACAUCACCGUCAUCGAGAUGGUGUCCAUUGGGACCAGCAUGCACACCGCCACCUCUCACACUUACUUCUGACCCAUGUGGCCGAUGCCUGGGGUGUGGAGCUACCGAAACAUGACCGUCUCCCAGCCCCAUGGAUUGAGGACUGGCCAGAGGUGGAGCAUUCAUUCCAGGGAAGUCAUAAGCAGCCCCCAGACUUCAGGGAGAAGCUGGCCUUGCCCCUGCUCCCACCUUUCCAUUUGCCUCCCCCCAUGUCUUUUCCUUACCCACUUCAGCCCUCACCACCUCCCUUGUUCCCACCCCUGCCCCAGGAUACCCCCUUUUCCCAAGGCCAGCCCUUUCCGCCCUAUGAAUUCAAAUACAAUGCAAUGGAGGACUUCUCAAUGCCAGGAUGUGGCCCUGGAAUGAACUCUGUGCCUGGCCCCCUGCCACCAUCAGUCUCUGGCCCUGUCUCCCACGGUCAACACCAGGGCCCAGUGGUCCACCGGGGCAAGCCACGUUGUGUUCUGAACAACCCCUACUAUGUACCAAGGAUCAGGGGCCCAUGCAGGCAUCGACUCAGACACUCAGACAGACUGAUCCACACAUAUAAACAAGACAGACGGGGACAUGCCCACUCAGGAACAUGGCCUUGGUAGGCAAGAUCUUAGGUUGGGGCUAGAGAUGCCAAUGGCCCUGGAGGGUCUGCCUGAUAACCUAGCUGUUGGGCCGGGGUGUUCUUGUCCAUUGCUGAUAUCAAUAAAAGCAUGGAAGGACAGAGUGACA